GGUUAAAUAUACUGAAGAAGGUGAAAUCGUACUGACAAUUUCAAUGUUGUCGAAAGAAGAUAAAGAAAACAAAAUGAGUUCAACUUGUGACAAAAUGAUUAAAAAAGGAAUUCUGUUGAUUGAAUUACAUGAUACUGGCAUUGGCAUGAAUCCUGAAUAUAUACAACAUGCCUGGAAAAGUUUUUCACGAGGUGAUAUGUCAAUAACCAGGAAACAAGAUGGUACAGGACUUGGUCUCUCAAUUUGUAAAAGUUUAGUGGAAAUUAAUGGAGGAGAAAUUAAAGCAGAAAGCCAAUUGGGAGAAGGAAGUUCAUUUUGGUUUACAUGGAACAUAGAAAUUUUAUCAUUGAUAACACCAACUAUCUUAUCGUCGAUAACAUCAACUAUUUCAAAAUUUCCAACUCAAUUAUUAGAGGCACAAUUUGAUAAGAAAAUGCCUAAUUUUAUAAGAAACAAACGAAUACUAAUAAUCCAUCCUGUCAAAAAUAUGAGAAACGCAAUGUUAACAUAUUUUAAAAUUGUCGAAAAAGUUGAUGCAUUCGAUACUUUUAACAAAGGCAUUAAAGCUGCUCAAACAUAUAAAGAACUAUAUAAUCAAUCUGCUUAUGACAUAGCAUUCAUCGGUCUUUAUGAAGAUAAAGAAGAAGAGGUUAUAAAAGCAGCAUUAACAUUAAAAGCAUUAGAUAUGGGUAAUAAUAAAUUAUUUAUAAUUUUUAUAGUAUUUCCGAGUAUUAAAGGUAAUGAAUUAGCAAAAAAUUUAAUUAGAAAUCUUGGAGGAACUGUUUCUGUUAUUUACACUCCAAUUACACGGAAAAAGUUAAUUAAUCAAUUUGUUCAUCUGGAAAAAAACAAUACAGUUUAA